AUGGCUCCCGAGGAGGCAGAUCCGCGGAUGAUGAGCGUGACACCUCGCAUACGCUACAACACCAUUGGGGGUGUCAACGGCCCUCUGGUCAUCUUGGAGAAUGUCAAAUUCCCUCGAUUCAACGAGAUUGUCUCGUUGACGCUGCCCGAUGGCACAGAAAGAUCAGGACAGGUGCUCGAGGCAAGAGGCAACCGUGCUGUCGUGCAAGUCUUCGAGGGCACUUCUGGUAUCGAUGUCAAGAAGACAAGAGUAGAGUUCACUGGCCACAACCUGAAGCUGGGAGUCUCGGAAGACAUGCUUGGUCGCAUCUUCGAUGGAUCUGGACGAGCUAUCGACAAGGGACCCAAGGUGCUGGCCGAGGACUACCUCGACAUCAACGGCUCUCCGAUCAACCCAUACAACCGUGUGUACCCAGAGGAGAUGAUUAUGACCGGAAUCUCGGCCAUCGAUACCAUGAACUCCAUCGCCCGUGGUCAGAAGAUUCCCAUAUUCUCUUCCGCUGGUCUGCCCCACAACGAAAUUGCUGCUCAGAUCUGUAGACAGGCUGGACUGGUCAACCAAGCUGCUCAGCAAGGUGUCACGAACAAGGGAACACACGAUGGCCACGAAGACAAUUUCUCCAUCGUUUUCGGUGCCAUGGGUGUCAACUUGGAGACUGCCCGGUUUUUCACCAAGGACUUCGAAGAGAACGGCAGUAUGGAGCGUGUGUCCCUCUUCCUGAAUCUGGCCAACGACCCGACCAUCGAGCGCAUCAUCACACCACGUCUUGCUCUUACGACAGCGGAAUACUACGCGUACCAAUUGGAGAAGCACGUCUUGGUUAUCCUCACAGAUCUCUCUUCAUACUGCGAUGCGCUUCGUGAGGUGUCUGCAGCACGAGAAGAAGUGCCAGGUCGCCGUGGAUAUCCAGGUUACAUGUACACUGAUUUGUCCACCAUCUACGAGCGUGCUGGCCGAGUGCAAGGACGAAACGGCUCCAUCACACAAAUCCCCAUCCUGACCAUGCCGAACGAGGACAUCACUCAUCCCAUUCCCGAUCUUACUGGCUAUAUCACGGAGGGUCAAAUCUUCGUUGACCGACCUCUGUACAACAAGGGUGUUUACCCACCUAUCAACGUGCUGCCCUCGCUAUCCCGACUGAUGAAAUCCGCCAUCGGUGAAGGCCACACACGAAAAGAUCACUCGGAUGUCUCCAAUCAACUUUACGCCAAGUACGCCAUCGGUCGCGACGCUGCUAGCAUGAAAGCAGUCGUUGGAGAGGAAGCACUCUCCAACGAAGACAAGCUUUCUCUUGAGUUCCUCGAGAAAUUCGAGAAGACAUACAUCUCGCAAGGUGCAUACGAGAAGCGAGACAUCUUCGACGGCCUGGACCAAGCAUGGGAAUUGCUCCGAAUCUACCCCAAGGAGUUGCUCAACCGUAUUCCAAAGAAGGUCCUGGACCAGUACUACCAGAGGCAGUCAAAGAAGGGCAACAAGGACACGCAAGAUAACUCGGAGGAGGAUCAGCCGAAGCAAAAUGGCGAGCAGCAGAACGGCGAGCAGAAUCUUAUCGAUGCAUAG